AAGUGCAGCACGCGGAAUGUGUAAACCUUUCUGCUUUACUUCACCUUUAAAAGCGCAGCAUGUGAGGGUGUUUUAACACAACAAGUGGCUCUUGGGAAAGACACAAGUCAGAACGGACCAGGAUUUUUUUUCUUCUUUAGAUGUUAAAAUGUGGCUGCUGUUUUGGGGUUGUCCGGACAGUCUUUGAUGGAGAAGCUGACCGUGUGCCGAAGAACCGGAGAGUUGGAAAUUUAGUUAUACAGAGCUCUUUCAAAUUUAGGGUCCAAGUAGGCGCCACAAAAACAUACAGGGUCAGAUAGAAGUCAAGCGCUAAUACUUUUUAUUUAUUUAAUUUUUAAAUAAUCAACCAGUAACGUAAGUGAAUAUAUUAAUAUCAUUAUACAUCGCGCGAGGGGCUCUAUGGUUGCACGCGUUCUUUUAUAGUAAUUCUAACCUCUGUUCUGAAAAUCGCCUCUUUAUUUCAGAUUGCGUUUAUAAAUUUGUUCCCAAAUACAAAAUGCUCCCCACUUCCCUCGUGCACGCCCCACUGUCAGGCACGUUCAAAUAGCGAGCUAUUGAAAUGUAACAACAAUAAUUUAACCCCCAGAAUCUGCAGCCCGUUAGCCAUUAAUUGAGCUGCGUUUCACAGUGACAUCCCGAUUAUUCUUGUGAUGUGUAGUUCUCUUCGGCUUUCUGUCUCAGUUUGGCACAUGAAACUACAUUGACGUCACUUUUGGGAGUGGGGACUGCGCGAGGAAGACGAGAAUGAAUCGCUAGCUGGCGUGGUGUACGGAAAGAAGUGUUUUUUUCUCUUUCUCUCUCCCUCAUACAAAAGCUCUUUUGCUAUAAAACAAUUUUCUCCACGUAGCGCGGACAGGAUAUGCGCGCAACUGGACACGGAGAAUAAUCCUGUCACCCAUUAAACAAAUAGGACUUUGUUGAACUUCUGCAGGGAGUUGUUGGAAGUACAAACACACCUACAGUGAGUCUUUACACCGCGUUUGGCAGGUAGGGAAGUGCAGCCGGAAGAACUUGCAAUUCAAGAAGUGGAAUUUGCAUAAUGAUUUAUUAAAGUUCGCGACUGUUUACAGUUUCCCCCCCUUAAGUGUGCGUUGUUCAAGUGUGCACGCUUCUGCAAAGUUUCAAAAAAGUUUCAAACUCUGAAUAUCGAAAAGAAGCAACCAUGACGGAGCUGAGGAAAAAGAAGAUAUUCGUCAUAGUGGACGUGCUGUGUGUGGUGGUAGCCGCGCUGCCCUUUGUGAUCAUGACCUUGGUGUUCCGGCCCUACCAGCGGGGCGUGUACUGCGACGACGAGAGCAUCAGGUACCCGCUCAGACCGGACACCAUCACGCACGGCCUGCUGGCGGCCGUCACCAUCUCCUGCACCGUCAUCAUCAUAUCCUCUGGAGAGGCCUACCUGGUCUACAGCAAGAAGAUCUACUCCAACUCGGACUUCAACCAGUACGUGGCGGCGCUCUACAAGGUGGUGGGCACCUUCUUGUUCGGCGCCGCGGUCAGCCAGUCGCUGACGGACCUGGCCAAGUUCACCAUCGGGCGCCCGCGCCCCAACUUCAUGGCGGUCUGCGUCCCCAAAGUCUGCCAGGGCUACAUGCCGCAGAUAAACUGCACCGGCCCCCCGCGGGCCGUCACUGAGUCCAGGUUGUCGUUCUACUCUGGACACUCCUCCUUUGGGAUGUACUGCAUGCUGUUUCUCGCGCUCUACGUGCAGGCCAGGCUGGUGGCAAAAUGGGCGCGGCUCCUUCGGCCCACCAUACAGUUCUUCCUGGUGGCCUUCGCCCUGUACGUGGGCUACACCCGCGUCUCCGACUACAAGCACCACUGGAGCGACGUUCUGGUGGGCCUCCUGCAGGGGGCGCUCAUCGCCAUCCUCAACGUGCGCUACGUGUCGGACUUCUUCAAGAAGAGGUCCCCGCGCUGCUCGAACCCGGACACACCGGAGGGGGAGGAGCUGGAGGUGAAGCCCAGCCUACAGAUCGCGGACGGCGACCAUAGCAACCAUUACAGCUACCCGGGGUCGGUGUGAGGGGGGGGCAUGUCCGCCACCUAGUGACUCACCCCAAAUCCCACCCCCGACCAACCCCCCACCCCCACCCCCCCGCCCUUCUUCCUGCACCUCCACGCCCCACAACCACUGGACUGAGAGAGGGAACGGCGUCAACACACACAGCGCACUGGUGUCUGUGCAGAAUGUGCGUGCCCUCCAACAGAAAGACUGAUCACCCCAAUCCGUCUGUAUGUGUGUGUGUGUGUGUGUGUGUGUGUGUGUGUGUGAGAGAAUGUGUGUGUGUGUGUGUGUGUGUGUGUGUGUGUGUAUGAUUGCUUAUAUAAGUGUUUGCUGUCUUAUCACUCCAAAUGAUGUUUGUAUGGUAUUUUUAAAAGCAUUUUUUUGAGGAAAAAAAAGUCACUGUUGGAAAUAUUUUUGAGGAGGUUAAUGCUUUUGUGUAAUGACAGUUGGAAGAACUGAAAGAAUAUGAUGAUGAAAAUACAUAAAGAAUGGAUGGGAAGACAAAGAAAGAAAUAACCAGGAAGAGGAAAAUUAAGCAAAUAAGGAUGCAAUCGUCUAUUAAAGCAGUGGUCUCAAACUCCGGUCCUGGUGGGCUGCAGUCUCAACUGGGUUUUACAAUUUCAUUUUAAAUAACAGCCAAUUUUUUCGUCUUGGAAACAGGGCGUGCCGACUCUUUAGCUAAACAACGACUUAAAAUGAAGCACUUAAGGGCCAGAACACAUCAAAAAAACAGCUGACACAGCAGCGGCAGCCCUCCAGAAUUUCAGCUUGAAAUCCCUGCAUUGAAGCAUUAGCGUAGGCUAGAAACAGUCGGUUCAGUGUAUGUCAUACUAUUGGACGUACAGCAAGGUGUGCAGUGCUGUUCACAGUGUAUAGUGACAAACAGAAGACACACUUCUGUUUGUCACUGCAGUGACAAAUUCGACGUGUGCGUUCGCGGAGUCUUCCUGGUCUGACAUUUAGUGGUUUAUGACAUCAAAACCUGUUUCUGUCUUUGCGCGCAGUUAGUGACUUAUGACUCCCAAGCCUAGAUGAAGUGUAUGAAUACCAAAACGUAUCUGUGGUAUGUAGGGUGUGAAAAGUGACGGCUUUUUGGAGGUGGUGUUUUAGCAUAAGUGACAUAGUGAGUUCUGUCAUGGUGGUGAAACUUGUCUCACUCUGUAUAAUGUGAUUUCUGCUUCCUUUCGAAGUUUAUCUACGAUUUCAUUUUUGUUGUUGUUGUAGUUGUUGUUGUAGUUGUUGUUUUUGCCAUGCUCAUUAGAUGAAUGAGGAAAGAGGAUAAUGAGAGAUUUAAUGGUCCCUUUUUUUAAACUGUGUAAUGUCUAAGAAUGCAAUACCACUAUGUCGUUGCACAAUCACUGCACAAUUCGGCAUGCACGAUACAUUCGGUCAUCAGAGCUGUGUAGCAGUCUUUUAAUUUAGGUGAGGUUUUCCACUUUCUAAAUUAUUGGUGAGCGACGCAGACCAAUCUGUUUCAGGAUUUGAUGCCAGCUUCUCCUCUUCAUUUUCUAAAUAGCCCAAUCAUUAUUCUGUCCGAUGUUUUUUUUUUUGUGUUGUUGUUGUUGAUAAAGUUGUGGCCUACUGGUGCAGACCGUACAGGUUGGGGAAAAUGAAGGCAAAAUAAUUGGUUGGAACAACAACCUGGCCCACUCACACUGGUCCCCCCCAAAACAAUUUGGGGGCGGAUCAAGGCUGAUUGACAUGGAGUCAUGACACGCCAAAUUUACUACCUAAAAACAGAUCGCUGUUUCGUACUCACCAAAGAAUUACCAACGUCAAAAAAACUUUAAUUUCCGCCCUACUAAUUAACUUCAUGUUGACCUCCGUGACGGACGUUGAUUUAGACGUCUAACUGAUGCCAAAAUGUUUGGUGGGGGUGGGCCUAGAAUGGAGUUCUGCGCCCCUGAUAAAUUAUUGCAUGGAACCUCUCUUUCCAAAUAGUUUUCUAUUCAAGAUUGAAAAUAGAAAAACACUUCUGACCCUCGGGUCUGCUGAAGAGGCAGGACUGGAGUUAAGACGGGACGAAAUGCCUCAUACGUUAUUUAAUUACCUUUUUUUUUUUUUAUACCCUCGUCACUUUGUCAUUACUUUAUUCUGUUACUGCUGGAGAAUAAUCUUAUCAUGUUUCUUCUGUUAUUUUUUUAUUUUAUUUUUUUUGGUUAGCACUGCACAUUUAUCACAAUCACAACCAACUGUCACCGCAACUGAGAUGGCGCCUGCUAUAACGUUAGCCUCUUUCCUGUUGAUGUUCAGUUGUGGGCCCGCCUUUGUGUUUUUUGUGUGUUGUUUUAAGAUACGCACUCUCUCUCUCUCUCCGGAGGACUUGUACCCAUCAUCAGAGACACUGAGCAGCUGCGAGAUGAUGGGGACUGGGCUCACGUAUUACUCAAGAUGGUUGCCUUGGAAACGGAUUGGGACGUGGCAGAAAGUUGGACUUCCUCGGUCCUCGGCCCAGCACACCAAAGACCUUGUAUCUGCCGCAACUCGGACGUUACGUUUCUGGAACUUUGCCAUGAUUGGGAUUGGGCCCUUCACUCGUCUUGUUUGGACUAACAUACAGCUGUGUGCGCCCCUUCUGUGUGUGUUAACCCACAAUGAACAAGGUCCCUUCUGCUAGCAAAAUAUUAAUCUCUUAUGCCUGAAAUUUGGGGGGAUAGAUGGCCUAACGUCAGCGUGAUAAAGGUUUGACAAGUUGCGAAGCUGCUCAACAGUUCUGUUUUUCACAGCGAUGACUUGCGUGCAGUGGAGAGGCUGCUGUUGCCUGCUGCGCAAGUUCACGUGGUUUUUGGUCGUGAGGUUCUCGAAGGGCCGACCCUGCUCUGCGGUUGGCUAAUCUCAUCGAUCUGGCGUAUAACGGAAUCUGCACGCAGGCAAUUUUAGAAUUCCCCGAAACGAGAAACCACUGUAGUGAAACGUGUAAUUAGUCACGCAGGUAUUGGCCCGGGAUGGCCGGCUCUUAUUUGAUUAAAACGGGAAAAAAAAACGAAAAAAAAAAGCGGGAAGAUGCCGGGAAGUAUUGGCCUUCUCACUGUUCUCACUGCUUUAGGAAAGUGCCCUUGUGCUGUGAGGUCCGAUCUGUGGGUUUCCAUUUUGUUUCAGGUUACGUUUAGCACAGCUUAGCGAGCUACCGAAUCGAGCACCGCCUUGGAUUUUACACAGCCUAAGAGUGGCCCUUGAAACGAAUUAGCUCAUAACUCCCUCCUGUACUCAAACGCUGUGUCAGCCAGACCCCCUGGUAUUAAAGACAAAGCUAUGAUGUAUAUUUUACUCUCUAUAUAGUGGUAUAGUUUACUUGUUUAAGAAAAAUAAUAUCAAAUAGCACAGUUUACUCAAAAUGCACAUAAAACAAAUAUUCAUUUGCCACAUUCUGCUUUUUGUUCUGAGCUUUACACCAGGAAGUGGCCAGACAUUGACUGGGCCUCGUCGUAUGACCUGCCAGUGACUGGCAAAGUCUGAUGGGGCAGUGGGCUGAAUAUUUACAAAUAUUUCAAGAUGUUACAGAUUCACUUUAAUUUCACAUUGGCGGUUUUGCUGAGGAUGUGGUCCGAGGAUAAGGGAAGGACUGCUUACAAAAGUGCUGCAGAGGACCCAGAUCCAAGAGUCAGUACUGAAGGAUUUGACAAAGCUUGAGCAAUCAAAAUAUUAUACAUAAUAGAAUAGAACCUGAACUAUGCAUUGACAAUUUUGGUUUUUGCCAGCGUUAAUUCAGUGAUAUGCAUUUGUGAAAUCAAUUUGCAUACCCUGGAAUUUUUUUUUUCUCUCCAAAUUUUGAACGCCCAAUCAUAUUAAUUGGCUCGACAAAUGGUGGAAACAGAAUCCUGUCCAAUCUAAGCAUAGCUCCUUUGACCUUUAACCUUUAACCUCUGUCACAUGGUGUAGGCGGGUCACAUGGUGCAGUUAGCUGUGGCAAACUGCACAUGAAGCCAUGUUGUGCAUGAAGCUCCUGGCCUCAUGUUGCUCAGGCAUGGUCAGGAAUCGAUUCUGGACCAAUAAACCCACGACUGCAUUCAAAGGGCAAGAGUUUUCCCUAGAUUUGCCAUUCUCAGUCUGGGGGCUCCUGUAGUUUGGGGGGAUUUCAUAUGAAGUCUAAAGUCAUCAGUCAGUCUUUGACUGUGCUUAUAAACAGUGUGAAGUAGUAAACAGUAAAGCAGUGUGAACGAGUCUAGAAGAGGGACAAACAUGAAAGCAUGGUUAUAACUGCACUACUUUAAACACUUUGUUACACUGCAAAAUAAAACAGCUUUUGCUCAUGUAAAAACAAGUAAAAUCAUGCUAAUAUAAAAUUUCAUACAAUGUAUAGUAUACAACCCUGUUUCCUGUGCCAUGCAAGUUGUCUAUUUCACUGAUGUACUGGUGUCUGAUUUCAACCUAGCAGUAAAGGUAGCACCUUGUAAUUGCAAUUGUGGCACCAAUACACAAAUCCUAUUUCAUACAUAGCAUAUGCAUAUAUUACACAGUUUCAGUUGGUCUGUUUAUAUCCUGUCUUGUGCUGCACUUGUGACCAGAGAGAAGGUGUGUAAGUAUACCGAAGAACCCAUAAAUUUGGCUAAAUAAAGUUGAGAGAUUUAUACUGAA